UGAUCAUCUCGCGAGCAUGCUUAAGAUUGGCCGCCUUGUCAAAGCCAAUGGAACCAAGCUGGAUAAGCAUGACAGCAGCACUCCAGGUUCUCCGAGUCUCGUCGCUGGCCUCGGCCCGGUGGGGCCGUGUGUCCUCCAAGAUAACUCGUCCUUAGAUUCCAGAAGGCCUGACUACUUCAACAACAUCUUCAGACCACUAUGGCGAGUUGUCCGCUGCUAGUGAUGUACAAUCCUGUAUGUGGAGAUGGCACUGCCGAGGCCUUUUUCAAUGAACAUGUCUUUCCUCGUCUCGAGGAAGCGCAUAUCCAAGUUACCCAAAAAAUGGUAACUGGAGCCGCUGGACAUGCAGGUACCAUAGCGUUCGAGUUCCUCGAACGAUAUGAGGGCAACGUGACAGUCAUAUUGGGCUCCGGCGAUGGAACAUUGCACGAAAUCAUUAACGCUCUCUCACCCGUGAUACUAAAGGAUGUGCGCAAGAAUUCCGUAUCACCCUCAGUUCGUUUAGUUCUUGUUCCAUGCGGGACGGCAAACGCUCUCUACUACUCGUUAUUCAAGCCAACCUCCAUGAAUGAGGGCUCAGCGUACAAGCUGAAGUCUCUUGAAGCAUUCAUCAGAGGUCCCAAUGUUGUUCCCCUCACACUAGCUGUCACGACCUUGUCUUCCCCACCGAACUCAAAGCAAUGUUGUUCCCAGGUCGCUGUUUCAGCGGUAGUGACCUCUACUGCUUUGCACGCCUCUAUCCUCCAUGACUCCGAGAGUCUGAGGAAAGAAGUGCCAGGCAUCGAAAGAUUCAAAGUUGCUGCGAGGAACAACAUUACACAAUGGUACAGCAGCCAUGUCAAGCUCUUGCCUACCCCAUCUCAGGCUGUGGAGAUAUACGAUCCAGACCAAAAGACUUUCGUAAUUCACAAAGAUUCGGAUGCUCAAGGCAUCGUGGAUGUGUAUGGCCCAUUCGCAUACUUUCUUUCUACGGUCAAUGUCGAUCGUUUGGAACCUGCUUUCAGAAUCACCCCUCUUGCGUCUGACUUUGUUUCGUCGGAGGUCUCGCUAGACCUUGUCAUGAUUCGACCUCAGCGUGAUCCCACCUUUGUCAUGGAUAGCGUAGAAGCUCGAAAUGCCUUUGCAGAGAAAUCAAUUGCCGUAUUAACUGCAGCAUACCAAGAUGGGAAUCAUAUCAACUUGAAAUACACCGAGGAUGGAAAGGUAACCACUGAAGGGACUGGUCCCACUGUGGUAGAAUAUAUCCGGUGCAAAGGAUGGGAAUGGACACCUGAUGACGUCGAUGAAAAGGCCCACCUUCUAUGCUCAGAUGGAGCCAUAUUCUCAAUUGUAAAAGGCGGAAGGGCAGCAUGCAGGGCAGCAGUACCAGCCGAUGGAGCAGAUUUUUUGGUAUACGUCUAAUGUCAAGCAAAGUUAUUCCAAUUUCAGGAGGUAUCUUGGUCGAAAACAACUUGCUGUCAGAAGUACAUCUCGUACGAUAGACUUUCUUCAAGAUAUGUUUUUUGUUCUAUCACUGGCAUAGUUUAUUCAACGGUGCGUGCUUGAACUCAUUGUCAAACAGAACGGAAAUUGGGUUAACGAUCGUUGCGUACUAAUUCUGCGACAUCUACCUGUCUCACUGCGCUCCAAUAGGCGCAUCGCCCCUCGGCCUUUAAUUUGGAGUUAAGCACUGGUGUCCCUCUCGCACGGAGUAAGGCAGUAACAAGCUUGCUAUGAGCCAUUGCCAUACACCUUAGCAGAACUUUGAAUAUAUUGUAUGGAUGCACUUAGCGCGGG